AUAAAAAAUAUGACAGUGGUCACAAAACUGAGAGAAGCUCAUGAUGGCAAGAAACCAGCCGAAGCAGCAACAAUUUGCGUUGAUUCAGCAGUUUAUCAACAAGAUGAUAUUGGUACUUUAGCUAGAAUCAGACAACAUAAACGAUUUACAACUUUAUGCAUGAUGCUUUUGUUACUUUGGUUAUUAGUAGCUUCAUUUAUGGCUGGAACAUUUUUUUAUCGUCAGCUUCAUCGUCGUCCAACUUUUUAUGGUUGGUGUGGAACAAGUUUCACGCAACGUGGUCGUAAUGAACAUCUAGAAGAAAGCGUGGAAAUUAAUCCAGAUGAAUAUUAUGAAAGGAUCAGUGUGCCACGAUUUGGAUCAAACCGUCCAGCCGUAUUCGUGCAUGACUUUAAAAGGAAUUUGACAGCAAUAGUGGAUAUAAUAUCAAAUCGAUGUUUUAUCAAAGAAUUGGAUCGGAGUAUCGUAGCUGCACCAAUUAGUCUCAUUGAUCUUAUUGAAAAAAUGGAGCAAGGGCAGUAUAUGAAUCCAACAGUGAUCAGAAAAACAUAUCGAAUAAACGGUCGUAUUUUAAAUGCGAAUAUUGACAAAUUACAAUCACCGAUGAUCAGUCAUCACUGUCAGCAUAGAGCAAUUUUCACACUCAAUGAAGCUUCUAGGUCUAUUGAACGACAAAAUUUGCAUAAACGCAAACGAGCGGUAACUGAACCGUUACAAUUUACCGUACUCAGUGGUCAUUUGGUUGAAAUGGACAAAAUUAUCUUUCAAUAG